CAGAUCAUUGACAGUGGCGGAGUGUGCACCACCACUCUAAACACUGCUAGUCACCGCAGGCGGCUGAUGCAAGGUCGAUGGCGACGGAGGCUUCGAAGUUGCAACUGUAGUGAUGUCACCUAGUGCUGGUCACGUGGAUCCUCGCUUCUCUGGAGGUGCCGUUGCUGAUCUCCUAGCAAAUUCAACCCGCUAGUGAGUGUACUAAGCAGUGGCUGUCGUCGUCGAUCAUUGCAUCGAUCUUCUGGAAGGGGCACUGCAAGGUGAUUGAAUUGGACCUCGCUUUGGACGAUCCACCGCAUUCGUGUGAUCAUUUUGCCGGGCAACCGCGAUAACUACGAUCACUAAACAUCUAACUGUCGUGAUCAAGACCACUCACCAUGACUAUCGCGGCUGCUCAGCCUAACCACGAUCCUCAGCGUUCGGUCAAACAGCUCCCGCCGGAGUUCUAUCAUUCUUUUUUGUCCAAGGCAGCCAAGGAGCGCAAACCCAGUCCGAUUCGUGGGUUAUACCCAUUAGAAGCCAAACCAGGCGUCAUAUCCUUCCUAGCAGGGAAACCCAAUGAUGCCAUGUUCCCGUUCCAGUCAUUCUCCUUCACAGCGACUUGUCCAUCUAACCCCGGCGAAUCGACGACUGUGUCGCUCAGUGGAUCGGAUCUCGCAGUGGGAUUGCAGUAUGGAGCAACUGCUGGUCUUCCACGCUUGAUCGAUUGGUUUAUGGGCCUACAGGAGCGUUCACAUGAACGCGGACGGGAUGAGGGGUGGAGAUUGUCUGUGGGCACUGGAUCACAGGAUUUGAUAUGGAAGGCUGUUCAAUCGCUCGUUGAUGAGGGGGAUCCGGUUUUGAUCGAGUCGCCAGUUUAUGCCGGUGUCAUUCCUAUGUUCAAGGCCCUCCAUUGCGAGGAAAAUGAGGUCGAAACGGAUUCUAACGGCGUGUGCUCAGAUUCUCUUCGAUCCAUUCUCGAGAAUUGGCCAGUUGAAAAACCGAAACCGAGGAUAUUUUAUACAGUUCCGUACGGCUGUAAUCCAACAGGAAUGACAGCCACGAUCGAACGUCGCAGAGAGGUCCUCGAGCUCGCUCGAGAGCACAACUUCCUUAUUCUCGAGGACGAUCCUUAUUUUUAUCUCUAUUUCGGGAAAGCCGAACGCCCAUCUUCGUAUUUCAAACUCGAGCUCGAACAGCCUGAAGUCGGCCGUGUUCUCCGUUUUGACAGUUUGUCAAAGAUCCUGUCUGCAGGGAUGAGGAUCGGUUUCGUUUCCGGGCCGAAGCCAAUUCUGGAUGUCAUAGAUCUCCACACUGCGACUGUGAACUUGCAGCCUUCCUCCCUUGCUCAAUCUAUUGCGCUAGCACUGCUAGAACAAUGGGGGUAUGAUGGCUUCUACGCGCACACCAAGGCUGUGUCACAGUUCUACGGAGAAAAACGGGACGUUUUCGAGAAAGCGAUGCGAACACACCUCGGUGGUCUUGCAGAGUGGAGUACGCCUGAAGCUGGAAUGUUCUUUUGGUUCAAACUCCUCUUGAACCCUGACUCGGACGAAGAGGGCGAUUCAAAGGAGUUGAUAGAGAAGAAAGCCUAUGAAGGGGGUGUGCUCGCCCUCCCUGGAGCUGUCUUUCUUCCGAAUGGUCGUAGGACUGCCUACGUUCGCGCGGCAUUCUCGCUUUCCACGGAGGAACAAGUCAAUGAGGCAUUAGAACGGCUCAGGGUCGUUAUCCUGAAGGAAAGAGGGAGAGUAUAAUAGCUGAGUUUGUGUAACACGCGUGUUAUGUAUGUGGGUGGUGAACCGGUGACUCUGCCUGCCUGCGUGACCGUCGACGAUGAGUUAUCAUGGAUGACAUGCGUCUUUGAUAGGUAAUCGAAGUGUCCGAGAAUCAAUGUAAUCAGAACACCCCGUUUUCAUUAAACUCGGCGUGAUAUGUGUGUGGUGUCAAGAUGAAACGUCUUGAGAUGCUAUCCGUCG